UUUACUCUCUCUGUUUAUUAUAUAUAUAUGGAGUUUUUGUUUGGUAACCUCAAUUCCAGCUGCCUUAUUUUGACUUGCCUUUGAUUAUGGAGAGCUCGUCGUGUCCUUGGACACGCUCAAUUCUUUUGCUUUCUGGGUCUCUCUUUAAAGCUCCUAAAUUGAAGUUGUGUGAAUGAUAUCUAAAGUGUUGCUUUAGUUCUAUCUAGUGGACUUUAUUAUAUGUAGAGUGGGGCAAUCUGUUUUAAAGGGACUAUGAAGUGUUUUAAUUUCUCCAACAAAGAAAAAAAUAAUGAGCAAAGGGCUAUACAGUCUAAUUCUGUUCGGUCCACUUCCACUUCCAUAUCAACCGACCUGGAUUUGAAGCCAUUUGGUUCUGAAUUUAAUUCUCAGAAUGUCUCGGAAUUUAGCACUGCAUCUUCUGCUAAGUCAUUUGCAAUCUUGUCUCAAAGACAAAGUAAUCUCAGAGAAUUCACGUUCUCAGAGUUGAAGGCAGCCACGAAGAAUUUCAGUCGCACCCUCAUGAUUGGAGAGGGUGGGUUUGGUGGUGUAUAUAAGGCUGUGAUCCGGAGCACAGAUGAUCCACAUAAAAAAAUAGAUGUUGCCAUUAAACAACUAAGUAGAAGAGGAUUGCAGGGCCAUAAAGAAUGGGUGACAGAAGUAAACGUUUUAGGGGUUGUCGAACAUCCAAAUCUGGUUAAACUAUUGGGCUACUGUGCUGAAGAUGAUGAAAGAGGGAUCCAGAGGCUGCUGAUUUAUGAAUACAUGCCCAACAGGAGUGUGCAGGAUCACUUAUCAAACCGGUUUCGAACACCUCUUCCAUGGGGCACAAGAAUGAGAAUUGCCCAGGAUACUGCCCGUGGCUUAGCAUACCUCCAUGAAGGAAUGGAUUUUCAGAUCAUCUUUAGGGAUUUCAAGUCCUCAAACAUACUGCUGGAUGAACAAUGGGUUGCAAAGUUGUCGGACUUUGGAUUGGCCAGACUGGGGCCUUCAGAUGGAUUAAGUCAUGUCUCAACAGCGGUUGUAGGAACAAUUGGAUACGCAGCUCCUGAAUACAUUCAAACUGGGCAUCUUACAUCAAAAAGUGAUGUCUGGAGCUAUGGAGUUUUCCUUUAUGAACUCAUCACUGGUAGGCGCCCUCUUGAUAGGAACCGCCCCAAGGGUGAGCAAAAGCUAUUGGAAUGGGUCAGGCCUCACCUGUCUAAUCUUAGAAAGUUUGAGCUGAUUUUAGACCCAAGGCUCGAAGGGAAGUAUUCCCUCAAGUCUGCCCAAAAGUUAGCUGCUGUAGCCAACAGGUGCUUGGUGCGGCAGUCUAAAUCACGCCCCAAAAUGAGUGAAGUAUUGGAGAUGGUGAAUCGAAUUGUGGAGACAACAGAUAUUGGAAGUCCCCUACCCCCCAUGAAGAUUUUGGCUCCAGAAGAUGAUUUCAUAGAAUCCAAAAGAGAACGUUUAAAGAGAAGGUUUGUGGAUCCAAUUAUUGGAGAGAGAGGUUGUUUGAAUUGGCAAACAUGGAGAACUAAGUCUGUCAAUACAUUUUGAAUAUUUUCUCUCUCCAUGCCAGCCUGUUCCUUCCUCUCAUAAGGAGUCCAGUUAUGCCAUUCAGGCCAAAGGCCACUGGCAAGACUGUUGUUUUUGGUUGAAUGUGAAAAUUACUCUUUUCUCUGUGUAUUGUGCAAUACGAAUGUAAAAUCUCUAUCCACAUAGAUGAGUGAGUGCAAAGUAUAAUUGGCAAGGCUGCAUUUUUUUUGUUGGUGUAAAAUUAUUCCAAUCUCUAUGUACCAUGCAAUGUAAAUUUCUAACAGCAUAGAUGUGCAUAUACAAAUAAUUUGACCACCUGAUGGCUUUUAUUGCUAAUGGAAGUUUUCUGAGAUGA